UCUACCCAAAGAGCAAGCAUCUCCCAUGGCUUCACCAUACUGCGGCCUUCCUCGAAUCCACUUCUUGUCCACAAAACCUUACAGGAAAUCAAUCAGAUCAGCGCCUUCUCCUCGCCUUUCGACGCAACAGGAAGCGCCAUCGAGGAAGAGAUGCCUCAGAUGCGGAGAGCUUUACCAAGACAGUGACAACUCCCCCACAGCUUGCUCCUUCCAUGGCCACACGACAGGGGAGAAAGGGCUGUUCUCGUUGGCGCCGCCGCAUCAGGGGAUCGACGGGGAUUGGACCGACAGAAGCGGCGUGAUCGUCUACAGGUGGAACGCGAAGGAGAACAGGCCGAACACGGGGAGCGCCAACUGGAAGAAGAGAUGGAGCUGCUGCGCCGAGUACGACGAGAACGCGCCGCCGUGUCGACGGGGGCGGCAUGUCUCCUACGACGACGGCUUCACCCUCUACUGAUUUCCCCUGGUGAUCCACCGUUACGGCACUGAGUGGCUGAGACUGAGAGUAUCGCAAGCCACCUUAUCCGAUAGAGGUGAAGGAAAUUACAGGUAAUUAAUUAAUUAGACGAAAAUUACGAGUAAUUAUAUCAUGAAAUGUCAAAUUGCUGACAUUAGUCCACAACCGUCCAUCCGAGUCUUCAUUUGAUCUCAAUCGUCCGUAUAUGGAUCAAAUAAAGUGAACGGCUCAGAUUAAAAAGGUGUUUAUAA